AUGGGAAGGUACGCGGUACGCACGUACUACCAGCCGCGCCAUGCAAAGGAUAAUUCCCCGUGGGGCGGCAGCGGGAAGCAGCUGUAUGGCAGAGGCCGCGGGCGAUCCGGCAGCGGCAGGCUUCCCCGUGCCUGCUGCCGCACGGCGACACGCCCCGCCCCCGCGGCCGGCUCCCGCGGGUCUCCGAUCCCUACCCUGCAUGCACCGCAGCGCACUCGUGCGAUCGCCACCCACGGUGAACAGUCGGCGUCGGUAAAGCUAGCUGGCUGCUCCAGCUCCGCCAGCGCCGCCGGAUGUUACUUUGGCGCGCCGACCUGGUUUCCCCCGCUCGCCGACGUCGACGGGCAAGUGUGCAACAGCUGGCUCUGCCGGGCCCCGCUGUACGGUGACGCGACGUCACCAGAGCCGCCGCUUUCCUUUGCCGAGUGCAUGGGCAUCUGCGAGCUGGGCACCGCGCCCGAUCGAUCGGCCAAGAGAAUUCUUGAUUUGCUGCUGCUUUUGGAUUUUGAUUGCUAUGAAUAA